AUGACAGGCGAAAGUAACAUAUUAUCUUGUUCGCAAGGUUGGUUUAAAUCUUGGCCUUAUUCCAUUCAAUGGUUGGGAAUUAAUAGUAUCAGAGAUGUCCUAAGCAUGGGGCUUCAGCAUGUAAGUCAUCUCGGUGAGCUCGGUGAGAGCCACCGGGUAUGUACUGACCGCCUUCGGCAGAAACCGAGGCUCCACUUAAAAAUUGUCCAUCCAACUUCCACCCCACAUUCAUUUUUCCAUGCGACAGAGGCGAAGGCAUUCCAAUUUCACACAACACGCCCGUCAGCAACCACUGCCGCAACCAUGUCUUCGAAAUCAGGAAAAAAUGGCAAAAUCACCGACUCUCGGUUCUCGAACUUCGAGACCGACCCCCGGUUCCGUCUGCCCUCUAAGAAGCAGACCAAGACGACAAUCGACAAGCGUUUCUCACGCAUGCUGAAAGACGACUCCUUCACAGCUACCGCAAAGGUCGACAGAUACGGUCGCAAAGUCAAGUCCGAUUCGAAGAAGAAGGCUUUGGAGAGACUCUAUGAGGCAGAGGAUGGCGAGGAUGAUAUGGAGGUCGAGGAGGACGACGUUGUCGAGCGGGAGCUGGCUAAGGCGGACGCCAAGUACGACCCUGCGCGUGGCGGCGGUUUCUCAGAGUCCGAGUCCGAGUCCGAGUCGUCAGAUGACGAUGAUGACGAGGAAGAGGCGGAGGUCGUUGCUGACCCCAAGGCGUCCAUGUCACGACUGCGCGAUGAGCAGGCCGACGUCGAGGACGGCGAGGUCACGAACAGGAUAGCAAUUGUCAAUCUUGACUGGGACAACAUUAAAUCCGCCGAUCUUUUUGCCCUUUUUACCAGCUUCUUGCCUCCAGUCGGCGGCCGCAUUGAGAAGGUCUCCGUAUACCCCAGCGAGUUUGGCAAGGAACGCAUGCAACGGGAAGAGCUCGAGGGACCCCCGAAGGAGAUCUUCAAGAAUGACGACGACAGCGACGAAUCGAGCGACGAGGAAGAGGAUGAGGCCAUCAAGAAAGAAUUGCUCGAGGAGGGCGAUGCCGAGGACUUUGACAGCGACGCAUUGCGGAAAUACCAGCUGGAUCGGUUGCGGUACUACUACGCCGUCAUGGUCUGCUCUGACAAGGCGACGGCACAGAAAUUGUACGAGGCCACCGACGGCACGGAAUACCAGUCCUCAUCCAACUUUUUGGACUUGCGAUUCGUCCCCGACGAUGUCACAUUCGACGACGAACCUAGGGAUGAGUGCGACAAGAUUCCAGAGGGCUACAAGCCUGUCGAAUUCAUCACCGACGCGCUGCAGCACUCCAAGGUCAAGCUCACCUGGGAUGUCAACCCCGAUGAUGCGGCUCGUAAGGCAUCAAUCAACCGCGCCUUCACUGGCAGCCGCGCGCAGCUUGAAGAGAACGACUUGAAGGCGUACCUGGCUAGUGAUAGUGAAGACGAAGACGAAGAGUCCCUGGGCGGCGUCGAGGAAGAGGUUGAUGCUGAGGCUGAGGCUGAGGCUGAGGAGCCGAAACUUUCCAAGAAGGAGCUUCAGCGCCGUAAGAUGAGAGAGAUGCUGGGUCUUGGCGCCGAGGAGGAGAAGAAGUCCAAGGACGUGCCCGUUGGUGACAUGGAGAUCACCUUCACCCCCGCGCUCACGGAGACGCAAAAGGACAAGAAGAAGGAGGGCGAGGAGGAGACGACAAUUGAGAAGUACAAGCGCAAAGAGCGCGAGCGCAAGGAGAAGAAGCGCGAAAUGGCGCGCGCCAAGCGUGAAGGUGCCGACGUUGGUGCUGCCGAGACCCAGAAGGAGACCGAGGAGCAAGCAGAUGACCUUGGCUUUGACGACCCCUUCUUCACCGCUGAAGAGCCUGCCAAGAAGACCAAGACGGCGGUUCGCAAGGAGGAGAGGCUUGCCAAGCGCGCGGCGCGCGAGGCCGAGGAGAAGGAGAAGGCGGAACAGAAGGCCCAGCUGAAGCUGCUUAUGGCGGACGACGACGGCGAGGAUGCGGAGCACCUGGACCACUUUGACAUGAACGAGAUCCUUAGGGCGGAGAAGCAGAAGAAGAAGAAGGGCAAGGGCAAGAACAAGAAGAACAAGAAGGGCGGCGACGAGGACGACGAGAAGGUUGGCCUGCAAGAGGGCUUCAACAUGAACGUCGGUGAUGAUCGUUUCAAGGCCGUGUUCGAGAGCCACGAGUACGCCAUCGACCCGUCUAACCCCAAGUUCAAGGCCACGGAGGGCAUGCAGAAGCUGCUCGAGGAGGGCCGCAAGAAGAGAAAGGUUGAUGACGAGGAGCCGCCGGCCGAGAGGCAGGGAAAGAAGGCGAAGAAGGAUAAGAAGGGUGAUGCGGAUGAUCUUGGCGGGCUCGUUGCGUCCGUCAAGAGGAAGGCUGGCGGUAAGGCUGGUAAGAAAUAG